AUGAGAGUCUUCGUAAUUUUGGUCGCAUGCGCAACCUUAACUGCUGGUAGUGCAAUUCCGUCAAUACCAGGGGAUAAUAGCCAUUAUGUGGAAGGUGAAAGCCGCUACAUUUGGAUGCCCGACGGUGAAGGUGUUCCGCAUCUCGUCGAUCUACACCAGCCAGCUGAUGAAGCCUUCUUGAAUUCAAGAAACGGAAACAACAACCAAUAUUGGCUAUUCACCAGGUGCAGUAUAAGCUAA